AGCUGCUUCGCGAGCAGAAGUCGCGUUCGUAGGUGGGAGUGCUCAUACUAAAUUGCCCCGCACUCGCAGCCAUGCCCGCUCGAAGCUUCCUGUUCUGCCGAAUCUGGAGUACUUUCCCGAUAGAGUUUCGUAAGAGGGGCAUCAUCACCAUGACCAUGUUGACCAUAUCAGUAGUAUAUUCCCCGAACCAUGCCUUGCUCUUUCUUUCUUUCCUGGUGUAAAGACCCAAAUCGGGGUCACAACACGCGAUGUUAGGCAGGAAGCUAGGUUGCCAGACUUGUCGAGAUAAACAUCUCAAGUGCGACAAGGCAGAGCCAACAUGUUCAAGGUGUACUCAAGCGGGCAUCGAGUGCAUAAGGAGUGUCAACCUUCGUUUCAAGCAUGAUGGGCUUUCAAGAAAGUUCUCAUCCCCUCCCUCUCCAGGAGGGACGGUCAAACCAAAUCGCGACGAUGGAGAGCACAACUGGGUCCGAGUCCCACGAAAGCUCAGCUUCAUCAAUCAGACACGAGAAGUGAUGGCAACAUACAGCCAGGGGAACGAGAACGAGGCACAACAGCUGAGUGAAGAAGCUCUCGAGGACGACACACCGGACGAAGUCUUAUCUCAGCGUCAAGGGUCAGCAGUGGAAAAUGACUCUGCUAUAGCGCCAAUUUCAGCUACAAACAAUGCGUCCUCUCCGCACACAAUGAAUGUGGCGUCGCCGCAGACCCUUCAGAUGUCAGCAACGUUCCAGUCACCAACGACGGAAGAUAUUGAAAUGCAAGACCAAUCCUUUCCAGAGCUUCAUCACCACCUUCAGCAUCACCAUAUCGAUACUGAAGCUCAUGCCUCACCAUCAAUCGCCGAUGUCAUGCACGCGACCGGGGGAGAGAUCAUGCAAGCAGUGGACAGUAUCUCCCCUAGUUUGUACCACGACUUCUCGGUGCUCUCUCCGACACAGACCAGGCAUCCCUAUGCCUCUCCUGGCAAGACCGAUUUGACACCUAGUAUUUUCUACGACGAUACAACAUCUUUCUCUCCUUCCACCUUUCCCAUUGCUUACGCGAGUCCGGGAGUGUUGUAUACAGAGAAACCCAUAUGGCCACUGAAGAGUUCACAAGAAGCACAUUUGAUGCGCUUCUUCGUGGAUAGGAUCGCUCCGGCUAUUGAUCUGUGUGACAGAGACAGACAUUUCGCCCUUGUCGUACCACAACGAGCGUCACAAUGUCCUAUCCUGCUUAACGCAGUUUUUGCAGCUUCUGCAAGGCAUCUGUCGACCAUAUCCGAUUUCGAUCCGAUAGUCUCGAACAAAUACAAUCAAGAGUGUUUGAAGCAUCUGAUACCAAAGCUCAGUGACGCAGAAGCCAUCACUGACGAGAACCUCCUCGCGGCGACAGUCAUCUUGCGUCAUCUCGAGGAACUUGAAAUCUCCAUGUCGGGAUCGGACGUCGAGAAUCAUCUACUCGGCACACAUCUCCUGAUGAGCGCACAGGAACACCAUCGUGCUUUGGCUGGUGGACUACGUAAAGCUGUAUAUUGGUUCGGUUUGAGACAGGAGAUUUAUGUCUCGUUUGUGAAGCAGCGACCUAUACACGACUCAUUCAAGAGAUGCACCAUGGACGUACCAUUGAACCCUGUCGACGACUUCGACUGGGCCAACAGCAUCAUCGCGCGAACCGGUGAAGUCAUCCAAUUCUGUUUCGACGAAAGAGAACAUUCCACCACAAAUUACGACCAUAUAGUCCAGCACUUUGACGCAUGGUUCAUACAGAAGCCGGACUCCUAUAUGCCUAUCUAUUCGGCAGAAGCCAAUUCAACGAGUAUAUUUCCCGAGCUCUGGUAUCUCAAUGACGCAGUCAUCACGGGAUUGCAACACUAUCAUCUAGGUCGAGCACUCUUAGCUGUGUACAAUCCAAGGAUACCAAGGCUCGGCGUCGCGCACAGGAAUGCCUUGAAAGAGGUUGGAGAAGUGCUGAAAGAUCAGAUAAAGAUCAUAUGCGGCAUAGCAUUAUCCAAUCACUCCAUCUCAGCAAGCUAUGUACAUGCGUCCAUGAUGAUAGCCAUGGGCGGCGACCGUUUCACUGAACGUCGGGAGCAAGAAGGUCUCUACGAGAUAUUGAUCAAAGCGCAAAAAGAGUACGCUUGGCCAACUCAAACAGUGCAAGAACAUCUCAAAGAAGUCUGGGGAUGGUAAAGUCAGAACUCAGUUUUCAGGAUCACGGUCUUCGAAUCGAUUUCGAAUACGGCACGAGCGUUCGUGACUCAUGCUGGAGUAUCGACGGCCUUCGACGAAGUUGUGUCGUAGAUCAUGACACCUGUGGCAUGCUCAAGAGCCAGUGUAUGCUCCAGGGAUUUAGCAAGGAAAGUUGUUUCGACGGCGACCGACAUGUUGCAUUUAGUCGCCGUCCGGCCGAACCUUGGUCGAGCCGGAUCCCUAUCUCAAUCUGAUCUUGCUUGGACUAAUCAUCCGAGAAGCAUAAAUCUUAUCUUGUUUAAGAAGUGUUGACCUGGAAAGGUUUUCAAAGCCAACACAC